CCGGAGGUUAUGGCUGAGGACUUUGCGGAGAGCAGAGAAGAGGACGACUCUUAUUGUUUGAUAGGAACUAUGCGUCAGUCUGCGUUCAUGUGCGCAAUGGGUUUAUGAAUUGUUUUUACGCAGCGGCUGUGAUGAGCUCUAAAUCAAGAAGGCGUUGAACCUGCCACAAUGUCACACGCACAGGUUGAGAUACCAGGACGCGGUUUCCCAGGCCUCGCUAUGGAUAUGACCGACGACUGCUUAUCCCGGGUCCCAUCCGUGCUGAGGACGCACGGUUUGGGCGCACGGAGAAACUCUUAUGGGCUGCAAAAAAUAAGUAUGGACAUCGACUCGCCUCUUUACAGCGGCGUCCUUUCCAAAGCCUUGUCGUGGUCAGCUGAGAAUAUUUUGACACUGCCCGAGUCCAGAGCAGAGGAUGAAAAAACCGACGACUCUCCGCCGUCGCCGUCCCCAGUUUCCAGCCCGGGCGACAGCUCCAACACGCCCCCCUGCAGCCAGGAGCCCGACGCCGGGUCUCUCAGCGAGAACUGGGACCCCGUUCCGAGAUCCAGCGCUCAGGACGCCAGCUCGGAGUCAGAAAAUGAACUGCAGAAUAAACAGCACAAGAUCUUGUCUCGCAUCACGUUUGAUGCUCAGUGGGAACAGGAAGAGAAGGAGGACGUGGAGACCAAAGCGGUGGCGACCUCACCUGAUGGAAGAUAUCUCAAAUUCAACAUAGAGAUUGGAAGGGGGUCUUUCAAGACGGUCUAUAAAGGACUGGACACGGAGACGACAGUGGAGGUGGCGUGGUGUGAGCUACAGACCCGCAAGCUGACCAAGGCGGAGCGACAGCGCUUCAGUGAGGAGGUGGAGAUGCUGAAGUGCCUGCAGCACCCGAACAUCGUCCGCUUCCACGACUCCUGGAAGUCGACGGUAAAAGGCCACAAGUGCAUCAUCCUGGUGACCGAACUCAUGACCUCAGGCACGCUCAAAACGUACUUGAAGAGGUUCAAGGAGAUGAAGCUGAAGCUGCUGCAGCGCUGGAGUCGUCAGAUCCUCAAAGGGCUUCACUUCCUGCACACCCGCACUCCUCCCAUCAUCCACCGGGACCUCAAGUGUGACAACAUCUUCAUCACCGGCCCCACUGGCUCCGUCAAGAUAGGCGAUCUGGGACUGGCCACUCUCAAAAGUGCCUCUUUUGCUAAAAGUGUUAUUGGAACACCAGAGUUUAUGGCCCCGGAGAUGUACGAGGAGAAGUAUGACGAAGCGGUGGACGUCUACGCCUUUGGAAUGUGCAUCCUGGAGAUGGCCACCUCUGAGUACCCGUACUCCGAGUGCCAAAACGCCGCCCAGAUCUACCGCAAAGUCACCAGUGGAAUUAAACCUGACAGUUUCUACAAAGUCAAAGUCCCAGAGCUCAAGGAGAUCAUUGAGGGCUGCAUUCGUAUGAACAACGAUGAAAGGUACACCAUUCAGGACCUCCUGGAUCACCCCUUCUUCCAGGAAAACAAUGGCGUGCAUGUGGAGCUGGCGGAGGAGGACGACAUGGUGAAGCCGGGCCUGAAGCUGUGGCUGCGCAUGGACGACACCAAGAAGCUCCACGGGAAGUACAAGGACAACAACGCCAUCGAGUUCCUCUUUGAGCUCUACAAAGACGUGCCUGAGGAGGUGUCUCAGGAGAUGGUCGUGCUCGGGUUCGUGUGCGAAGCAGACUUCAAGCUCGUGGCCAAGGCCAUACGGGACAGGGUGACGGCCAUCAAGCGGCAGAGAGAGAAGCUGAGGCGGCUGGCCGAGGAGCAGAAGAAGAAGCAGGAGCAGGAAGCCAUAGAGGAAGAAGCAGAGAUUCAGCCCCCUUUGCCUAAAGUCGUUGUCGCAGCGGAGUCCCCCACCCCUGCCCUGACGCCUCCAGCCCCAAUCCUGUCCCCCGUCACCAGCUCUGUGGACUCUGGCGUCAGCUCCAACUACCCUGCAGAGCCAGAGGAGCCCGAGGCGGACCAGCACUUCCACAUGCGCCACAACAGCCUGUCCUCUGCUAACUCUGACUGCGAGACGGACGGCUAUCUGAGCUCCUCUGGGCUUCAGGAUCCGCUGGAGGCCGGCAGCCUCAACGCGCCUGCGACACCUCCCACCACACACGCCGACUCACCGACUGCAAACGGUUUCCCCGUCCCAGCCCUCCGCUUCCCCUCGAGUAUUGCUGUAUCCAACAACACAGAACAUGGCAACUCAGGGCCCACGAGUGGCUUCAACUCCCCCGUGGACAGCUACGCCUCCGACGUGACUUCAGGCUUGAGUGACGGCUACGAGGGCCUAUCAGAGAAGAGCGAGAAGACGGCCGCGAGGCGAACCGCUGGGAAGCUGUUCAGGAGGAGGGCGCGCUCGAGGCUGCGCAUCACAGGGCUCUCUGAUAAAGUGGACCGGGUGGUGGAGUGUCAGCUGCAGACGCACAAUGACAAGAUGGUGACCUUCAAGUUCGACCUGGAUGGAGAUAACCCUGAAGACAUCGCCGCUGUCAUGGUGCACAAUGAGUUCAUCCUGCCGUCAGAGAAGGAGGGUUUCAUCCACCGCAUGGGAGACAUCAUCAAGCGGGCCGAGUCUCUGAUGGCCAAAGAGCAGCUGGUCCACUCCAGCGGGCACCGACUCCCCCAGCCUGCUUACCACAGCGGGGUCAACUCGCUGUCUUCCUCACAGCCUAAUCUGCACACUCACACCCUGCCUCGAACCAACUCCUCCUCCUCUCUGCCUGACUUCAGUGUGGCUAACCCGAGUGUGGGGGUACGUGGCUCUCCCCCGUGCCCCAACGGAGACGUCUUCAGUGCAGACAUUACUUCACCUGGGCGACCUCUAAUGCGCUCACAGUCUUUCCACAACGCCCCAGGGUCUCCUCUCCAUUAUCAGCACCACCACCACCACCACCACCCUGCGUCUCUCCUGCCCCACCACCAGCACUACCACUUGCCCUACAUGGGCCAUAGUCACUUCCCAUUCCCAUACCCAGGCUCUCCGGGUUCCCCCAAGCCAGCCAACCAUCCUCCCCUCACACGUGUAGCCAGUAACCCCACCUUCCCUUCUGUUCCCUCCCCAGCCCCCAGUUCCCCAAGUCAUCUGAAUGAGACCCCGAGCCCUGGCAGCAGUGAGAGUGUCACCAUGUCCCCACCUGCCCCUCAGCAUCCCAACAUGUGGCCCCCUCACACGCAGCCCCUAUUUUCUUUAGCGAAUGUCAUCUCCAUGGCCAUGAGCAUGGCCCAGUCUUUCAUCCCACCUGCUAGCCUGCCCACCCAGGGGAUGCCCUCCUUUCCAGGCUUCCACCCCCAGCUCCCAGCUCCCAUGGCCCCACAGUCAGGUUAUCCGUCCAUCUACCCGCAACAUUACCAUAGCCUGCCAGUAGAGGUUCCUUACCCUACAGCAGGCGUCCCAGCUCAGAACAGCAUCUACCACAGCCCUGACAAUACACCUAAAUUGGAUGGUUUUCCUCAGAGCAGUCAGCCAAGCUGGCUGCAUCCGGUCUCUCCCCCCUCAAUGCCCUCCACUCCUCCUCCUGUUCCUCGGGAGCCUUUGCAACAGGCUGGACUCUCCAGUCCCCCCAGCCUGAUCCAGGAGCACAGCGUCCACAGCUAUGAGACCCCAUACUCAGCACAGGUUCCAGCCCAGGCUGAACCCAGAUCAGAAGUCUCCAGUUCAAAUUCCUCGUCAGAUCUGUCCCCAUCACCCCCAGAGAGCCCAGAGAGCACUUUAUCAUCCCUCAGCGCUCAGCUGCACCCGACUGUACCUGAGCUGAACGCCAGUAGCCCAAAACCAAAAGUCUCGUCUCCUCAGUCUGAAGUCCAGUGUGCACCAGUCACGGUUGGGAGAUUCCAGGUGACACCCAGCAUGGACAUCCCUGCUGUGCCGCCAGUUUCGGUGCCUGCUGCCCCACAGCCGGCAGACAGCAGCUCGUCAGAGAGCAGCACGGAGGAGCAGGGGGAGUCUGAGACCAGCCUGGCCACCUCCCUCACCAUGUCCCCUCCUCACCAGCACCCCCACAGAGGGUCGGCAGGAGUCCUGCAGGAGGUCGAGGGGCAGGUGGGCUGGGCUGGAAGCCAGGAGCAGCAGCAGGACAGAGAAGAAGAGGACGAGGAAGAGGACGAGGAGGAGGAGGAAGAGGAAGAGGAGGAGGAGGAAGAGGUUGUUGGCGAACGACAGAGGACGAGGAAGAGGAGUCGGAGGAGAGCGUACAGCCUGAGCCUGAUGGGGACGUCUGCGGACAGCGGGCUCUCGGUGACCGCUGCUGAGAUGGAGGGGAGGCUGUGGGACGGAGCGGCGGGCAGCCCGCAGUACAGCAAUGCCCUUCAUCAUCUGUGGAUGAUGACUUACAACCGCAACACUCCCUACCUGAGCAGCGACGACUCGGACAGCGACGACUCCGACAUGCUGGAAGAGCUUCAGGAGCUCAGAGAGAAACACCUGACGGAGGUGCAGGCCCUGCAGGCCGCCCAAAAGAGGGAGAUCGAGGAGUUGUACGAGAAGAUGGGGAAGGUCCCCCCAGCAGGCAUCGUCUCUCCUGCUGCCAUGCUGUCCAGUCGUCAGCGCCGCCUGUCCAAGGGGAACGGUUUCCCCUCAUCCCGCAGGAACAGCCUGCAGCGGCUGGACCUGUUGCCUCUCCAGGGUAUCAUUAGGAGAAAUUCCCUUGGAGGCAGCAGCAGCGGCUCCCAGGAUAAACCAAGCAAAGGCGUCACCUUUGCCAAUGACAUUAGUAGAAUGUAAGAAACUGUCAGCCAAGCACGCUGUAUAUCUGGACUACCUCAUCUGAAGUGUGACUGCAGGGGUCAACCCCGUCCUGCAGGAGGAUCACUUCAACUCCUUUCACUGGCACACCGAUCAGCAAACUGCUCCCCUCUGCCAGUGGUCACAAGGUUCUCCCAGUGGUCUUUUACCUCAACGUACAUAUAAACUGUCAUCAGAGAAACUGGAGUUGCACAGGAACUGUAACUUCCAGCUUUCAGAACUUUGUCAAAUCUGGUGAAUUUUUUGCAGCUGAAGUGCAGAAUAUCAAUCAAUCCGGUUCAUGUUGAAAUUGACAAUUCAGUUUUGCUCUCUGUCAGGCUCAAUGGUUCAGAAUGAAACAACUUCAGGUUACCACAGCACUCUGCGGAGUGUCGCAUCACACACACCGAGCAAGUUUUUAGCACUAACGCAGUCACGUGAUGGUACGCGGUGCCGCAGAGUUGUGGCCUUCUGAGCUACUUCGGCACUUGACCCAGAAUGACGACACAUGAUCCGAUAUCGCUGUGAUGUUGCUCCAGGACCAUUACUAUUACUGCGACUGACCAAUCAGGAUUUUGUGAUGUCAUAACUUUGCUCUGUAGGAAAAAAAAUGGAAGAGUGCACAAAAGGGAGAAGUCAGCUUUUCUAACAUUUGGUUAAUGUUGUGAAACAGCCUAUUUAACCCCAUAUCAUGAUCUUUUCCUAAACCUAAACAAGUAGUUUUGUUGCCUAAAGCUAACCAAACUGUGAUAGAAAACUUUAAAUCUGAACAAAGUGUAAAAAACUAAGCCAGCAGUUAACAAUAAGCUCCAUACAGGACAUGAACUCUGGUCUUCUGGGUUAAAGUACAGCGCUUGACCCAUUCUGCUCUGUGUGGACUUCGUCGCUUUUGCUCAGUUGCAAUGAUGAUCCUGGAGCAACAAUGUAAGAACCAACACGGUGAUAUCAGAUAAACCAAACGGGCACUUGUUGCUGUUUUCCUGCUUGUCUGAGUCACUGCCGUUAAUCUGAGCACAGCAAUGUGAACCACAGCGACGCUCUGACACUUUUACUGACAGUUGUCAUAAGUGAAUGACAACAUUUUGGAUAAUUUUGCAACUUGUUUGCUGUAGUUUGUUGAUGAUGUCUCAGCACCUGCUGACAGCACAGUGAAUACACUCUGAUUAUUGCCUUCCAGGGGCUGACGAGAGCAGUCUAGAUGCAUUGUACAGUUUGAUUUAUUCAAAUAUGUAUUAGGGAAACAUUUUGUUCUAGUACAUCUUUGCUUUCUUUAGUGAUUUUGACACCUGAUAGGAUGAGCUACAUUCUCUACUCCUGACAUUUUCAGGAUGUAGUCGAACUGAUUUUUCACAUUGUACAAAAGUACAAUACCGAGGCAUCAUUUCCAUCAGUGCAGACAUAGCGUCAGAAGGAAAAAGAGUUGUACAACAGUUAGAAAUGUUUGCAUGUAGCUUGCUUGAGAAAAAAGAAAAACCUGCUUUUUAAACUAUGAAAUGAGAUUUAGUUAAACGGUGUCAAACACUUGAGCAUAGACAACAUCACACAUCUAUUUUCAAAUACUGUAGCUUGUUUAAAAUUUAAAAAAAAUGAUUUGUGUUGAUUGGUUGUGAAAAAUCCACCUAGAUUUUAGACUACUGGCUUUAUUGUACAUGUGUAUAUAGUAGAGUGCAUUUCUAGAUCAUGUUUACAAUUUCUGAGUAAACUAAACCUUAAUUCUUGCUCAAGCAAAAAUCAUUUUAUCGCUUGUUCCAUAGAUCAAGCACCUUGUGCACUUUAGUAAAUUCUACUUUAGUUCUCAAUCAUUUGACACAUUUGUGGAAAAAACUGUGGUUACUUGAGGAAGAGCUGAUAUGUAUCCUCUUAUUUUUCCGAAAGGGAGUUAGAGAAUACGAUCCAGUGUAUGUUUGAUCACAGUUUUUCCAUAUUGGAUCACAGUGAUGAUGAUCUACCCUCCCACAAUUUGAAAUAAUUAGUACAUUGUGGGAUAUAGAGAAAUCAGUCAAAGCUGUGAACAUGUAGCUGUUGCCUUAUAAAAUAUUCACAACACACACUGAAUUUUUCUGGCAGUGGAACUCCUAUUAAGAUUUCCAAAGUUCAUAAUAUAUUCAAAGACGUUUUGUCUCAAAAUUCUGAAUGUAAAUAUAUAAUUGUAUUGCUUUCUGAUGCUGCUGCUGUCCUGCCAUGCUGAAUCUGUGCCUUUCCCUUACAAUGUCUUAUUUUAUAUUUUUACUCUCAAAAUUUGGUGGCAAGAUCAGACUCUAUAUAUAUAUGUAUAUCCAAUUUUGACAAAAAUAAAUGCUAUUGUAAAUACCACA